AUGAUCUUGCAACAAUCAGCCUUGAGACAGGGCAGACCAGCGGGUGGUCGUAAUAUCCGAUGCUGGAACUAUUUUGGAAAUGAUAACUCGAGAUUUAUGGCGGAGCACGGGAGGGGAUUGGCAAACAAAAGUAUUCAGGACAGUCAAUUGAAAGAGGCGCUGGCGAGGGAGCAUGUCAAAGACUUGGAGAACCGGGAGAAGGCGAAAAAGAAAGCCAAAGCACUCGACAAGGACUUCUUCAUCUCAGUCCUAGGCUCCUCGGCCACGAAACGCGAAGCGAGGUCCUACAUUCAGCGCUUCACUCCUUCCGAAGAAGUCCCCUCUGCGACUGCGACUGCCAAACCGGCGCCUCAGUCACAACCAUGUGGUGUUAAUCUCGGUGGCUUCUACGGGCCUGCGGCGGUGACGAGGAGUCCAAAGUUCGUGCAGCAGCCUGAAAAGCUGGCCCGGGAUACUGCGGGACCGCAGUUGCAUGUUGCAUUGGUAAAGAUCAGGGCUCCGCAGAUUUUGGACCACAUCACGCUCGAUGGUAUUGGAAAAACACUUGCGCAGCUUGCUAGACUGGGGCUAGUGAGUGUAGUGGUGGUCGAUUGCAACAACUCAGGCCCGCCUUAUGGAGAAGGAAUCAGCAAUAAGGAUUGGAAGACGGCGGAGAUUGAGCAGGCGAAUCGCUUGGUUGCUGCCAUUGAUGCUAAUCGGGAUACGGGGGCUCGGCUUGUGGACAAUAUCAUCGGGGUUUCUGAGGAGCCGGCGCGCCCGGGGUUCGGGCAGACGAGGGCACAUGUUUCGAGUCGCAAUCUGCUGAUGGUCCCGCUGAGGAGGAAUAUAAUUCCGGUCAUUCCUUCAAUUGGGUAUUCGGAUGCUCAACAGAUUGCGGUGCCAAUUUUGGCUACGGAUGUUGUGUUAGCCCUCACGAGAGAGUUAGCGGGCCUUCCCUUGACUCUAUCGCUCGAUGAGGACCACAAGGUUUUACAGACGGAGUUGCAUGAUGUCAAGAGGGAAGCUUCAUUAGAUCGGCUCAUUGUUCUGGAUCCGCUUGGAGGUGUACCUUCAACUGAUCGGGAUAAUGGCUAUCACGUCUUUUUGAACAUGGAACAAGAGUUUGAGCCGAUUAAGCAGGACUUGCUCAAGGGAUUGUAUCCACAAAUGGAUCAAAGCUCGCUAAAAGCUCAAGCGAAGGAGGAGAGCUCAUCAGACCCAGGACUAAGCAACCUCCUUUCGAAAUUCGUCGAGCUUGAGGAUCCGAAGCCAUUGGUUGCCACGCCUAGCGAGGAAACCACUGCGAAGCCUAAAGCCGAGAACUGGUACCAUCUCCAGAAUUUGCAGCUGGUCCGCGGGGUCCUGUCUAUGCUACCGACCAGCUCAUCUGCUCUCUUGACAACACCCGAAGAGGCAGCAAACUCUAGCAAUGAUGCGCCGUUUCAAGCUGCGAGAGUCGGCACCAGACGUCAGCGAAAUCCGCUCAUCCAUAAUUUACUCACAGACAAGCCUGUCUUCUCUUCCUCUUUGCCAGUAAGACGUCUAAGUCAACAGACUUCCGCAACUGAGAAUUCGUCACCGGCAGAAAGAAUCACUCCGACGACCUUUGCAAAACAUGGCAUGUCCGUCUCUAUCUUCCCAGACCCAUCAAUUUCUCCGUGGCAACCACCGAUUCCUGGCCAAGCAAAAUUGACCUUGACGGACUCGGCAAUUGACCUGCCUCGGUUGGUCCACCUAAUCGAGGACUCAUUUGGCCGCAAACUUGACGUCCAAGGGUAUCUCAAUCGAGUAAACAGCCACAUCGCUGGAGUCAUAAUAGCCGGUGAGUACGAAGGCGGCGCCCUUCUAACCUGGGAAACACCCCCCGGCGUCCCUGACGAUGGGCUCCCCUCAAACCGCGCUCGAAUGGUGCCCUAUCUCGACAAAUUUGCCGUGCUCAAACGAGCCCAAGGAUCCGGAGGCGUAGCAGACCUGAUAUUUAAUGCCAUGGUGCGAGACUGUUUUCCUCAGGGUUGCGUGUGGCGCUCGAGGAGGAAUAACCCGGUUAACAAAUGGUACUUCGAGAGGUCGAGGGGGACGUGGAAGGUGCCGGAGACGGGAUGGACGAUGUUCUGGACGACGCCGGAUUUGGGCCUGGAUAGGCAGCGGUUUGGGGAUUACGAGGGCGUUUGCAAAAGUAUUGAGCCUAGCUGGGCAGACAACAAGCAGGUUUUAGAUUAG